ACCCCACUAUUGCGUUCACCGCGCUUUCUCUCUCUUUUUUUCUCCCCUCUGUGCUGAGCUCACCCGCACCGUUGUCUCUCUCUAUCUCUCCCCGAAGUCUUCCUCUUCUUCCUCUUCUCGUUUCUUUAACCUUUCAGAUCCGAUUUAGCCCCAACCUUCCAUUCUCCCCUCUGAUUUUUCCCUCCUUUUUAUUUUGUUUUCGUUGUUGGGAUCUAGGGCUUCUAAUUCCUCGUUUUAAUUGCAACGCUUCCGAUUUUUUUUUCAUCCGCUUUUCUGUUUCCUGCGUUUUAGGGUUCCAAUUUCCUGUCCAAUUCGAUUCCCCAUUAUGGGUUGCCUCUGAAUUCUCGAUCCGUUCCUUUUUUCUUUCUUUCUUAAAAUUGUGUUUUCUGGGGUUCGAUUUAUUUGAGGCUAUUAUUAUUAGAAAAAAAAGAAAAAUAAAAAAAGGUUCAUUCUUUUGAAUUUUUGGGUGGUGAGAUCAUGGGGAGCUCUGAAGGAUUGGGAGCUUCGUCGAAACCUUCUCAGGCGCCGCCGAAACAUUAUGGUGUUACGAAGCCCAUAUCAAUGGCUGGCCCGAUGGUUGCUGAUCUGCAAAGGACUCUGGAGUUAGAGAAGUUUCUCGUUGAUUCAGGGCUUUACGAGAGCAAAGAGGAAGCUGCCAAGAGAGAAGAGGUCCUUCACCGACUUGGACAGGUAGUAAAAGGUUGGGUGAAGCAACUUACCCGCCUAAGAGGAUACACUGAUCAAAUGGUGGAAGAUGCCAAUGCUCUCAUAUUCACUUUUGGUUCUUAUCGGCUUGGUGUUCAUGGUCCUGGGGCUGACUUAGACACUUUAUGUAUUGGGCCAUCCUAUGUGAACCGGGAGGAGGAUUUUUUCUACACUUUGCAUGACAUCCUAGCUAACAUGGAUGAAGUUACAGAACUGCAACCAGUUCCGGAUGCUCAUGUCCCAGUUAUGAAAUUUAAGUUUGAUGGAAUAUCAAUUGACCUACUAUAUGCAAGUAUUUCUUGCUUAAUUGUACCUGACGACUUGGAUAUAUCUGAUGUGUCUGUUCUGCACAAUGUUGAUGAGCCUACUGUUCGAAGUUUGAAUGGAUGCAGGGUUGCAGAUCAAAUUCUAAAGCUUGUUCCAAAUGUUGAGCACUUCCGAGCAACACUUCGAUGCUUGAAGUUUUGGGCCAAAAGGCGAGGUGUUUAUUCCAAUGUGACAGGAUUUUUGGGUGGCGUUAACUUGGCACUUCUUGUAGCUCGAGUGUGCCAGUGGUAUCCGAAUGCAGUUCCAAGCAUGCUUGUCUCUCGAUUCUUUAGGGUGUAUACACAGUGGCGGUGGCCUAAUCCUGUCAUGUUAUGCCCAAUAGAGGAGAAUCAGCUUGGGUUUCCUGUGUGGGAUCCUCGUAAAAAUCCUCGUGACCGAACCCAUCAUAUGCCGAUAAUUACUCCUGCCUAUCCAUGUAUGAACUCUAGUUAUAAUGUUUGUACAAGCACACUUCGUGUUAUGAUGGAGCAGUUUCAAUAUGGCAACCGGAUCUGUGGGGAAAUAGAACUGAAUAAAGUCUGUUGGAGUGCUUUGUUUGAGCCAUACAUUUUCUUUGAAAGCUACAAAAACUACUUGCAAGUUGACAUAGUUGCUGCUGAUGUUGAUGACUUGCGCGCUUGGAAAGGUUGGGUGGAAUCACGCCUUCGGCAGCUGACUUUGAUGAUUGAGCGUAACACUUUUGGGAAGUUGCAGUGCCAUCCCAAUCCUAUUGAGUAUAUGGAUACUUCAAGGCGUUGUGCACACUGUGCUUUCUUCAUGGGCUUGCAGAGGAAGCAGGGGGAUAUUGCUCAAGAAGGCCAGCAAUUUGAUAUACGAGGGGCUGUGGAAGAAUUUAGGCAUUCUGUUAAUAGGUACAUCUUUUGGAAACCGGGGAUGCACAUUUAUGUUUCUCAUGUCCGUAGAAGGCAAAUCCCAUGCUAUGUGUUUCCUGGUGGUUAUAAACGAUCUCGACCAUUGAGGCCUACAACGCAACUGGAGAAUCCUCAUAAAUCAUUUCAUGAAGAUGAGGUUUCUCGGACUGAACAUCGUGAGAGAAAUAAUAAGAGGAAGUACCAUGACAAGGUGGGUGUGAAGCAGGAUGUUGCACUGAAAAAGCAAUGUACCAGUCCUCCUGUGGAUACCUUGGCAAGACGCAACUUAUGCCUGGAUUCUGGUGGUUUGUCUGUUGAUUCUGUGUCUAAUAGUCAAGAGUCGCGAAAUGUGGAGAGCAUUCGUUUGUCAACCAGUGGGCAAGAUGCGCAACUGGAGAAUCCUCAUAAAUCAUUUCAUGAAGAUGAGGUUUCUCAGACUGAACAUAGUGAGAGAAAUAAUAAUAGGAAGUACCAUGACGAGGUGGGUGUGAAGCAGGAUGUUGCACUGAAAAAGCAAUGUACCAGUCCUCCUGUGGAUAGCUUGGCAAGACGCAACUUAUGCCUGGAUUCUGGUGAUUUGUCUGUUGAUUCUGUGUCUAAUAGUCAAGAGUUGCGAAAUGUGGAGAGCAUUCGUUUGUCAACCAGUGGGCAAGAUGCGGAACUGGAGAAUCCUCAUAAAUCAUUUCAUGAAGAUGAGGUUUCUCGGACUGAACAUAGUGAGAGAAAUAAUAAGAGGAAGUACCAUGACGAGGUGGCUGUGAAGCAGGAUGUUGCACUGAAAAAACAAUGUACCAGUCCUCCUGUGGAUAGCUUGGCAAGACACAACUUAUGCCUGGAUUCUGGUGGUUUGUCUGUUGAUUCUGUGUCUAAUAGUCAAGAGUUGCGAAAUGUGGAGAGCAUUCGUUUGUCAACCAGUGGGCAAGAUGAGUUGGAUAGAACUGAGUCUCCUGAACCUGAACCUGAAUGUGCCUCGAAUUCUAGUGGGAUUACAUCUGUUACAAGUGAUGGUGGUUCUCCUGAAGAUGUUGGAUCUGUAUCAGUGACAGCUUAUGUUGAGGAUAGCACUUGUGGGACAGAUUCUGUCACCCUUGUGGAAAAUACGGUGGCACAUGGAAAUGAAGUAUUACAAUAUGAGCUACAGGAACAGUUGGAGCCAAACGCAAUGCUAGGGAUGGUUCUUAAUUCCAAGGGACGAGGUCACUCAGAAGCUGUGCAGAAGCCGGUGAUAAGGCAUGUUCAAUGUUUAAUAAUUAUUGCUUUUGCAUCUUGUCUGUCUGUAUUUUGUCUUUAUACUGUUUCUUGUGCUUUGAUAUUUCACAGGAGAUUGAGUCUAGCAUCGACAGUGUGAGAGAUCUGUGUGUAGGAUUAGAUGGCAAUGUUUUUAAAUGAACAUAUUGUGCAGUGGAGAAAGCCAGCAAUUCCGGUAAGUACUAAUUUAAAUGGCUGGCUUUCAUUUCGCUAAUCUUUUCAGGCUUGCUUGUUCCUCGACUGGCAUAUUAAUCUGAAGAGCUGUGGCUGGAACUUAUGUCAUUUGUACAGUUGGUAAUUUUUGUGCAUUGUGGUGUCCAUGAUCACUCCAAACUAACUUCAUUGGAGUAUGUUAGAAUUCUCCCUAAACUUAGUAGGCAUACUUUAAAGGCUUUGGUUGUGCUUUGCUUUUUACUUUUUAGAGAUAGUGAGAGAGAGAGAGAGAGAUGAGGGUGUUGGCUAGUGUAGUUGAGCCCUAUAAUGAAUUUUUGUACUGCCUCCAAGAGGUUUGCAUAUGAACUUGGCAAUGAUAUGCUACUAUCUCAACCUUAUCUAUAUUUCUUGCUUUGUCCU